AUGCUUAAAACUAUCUUUUUACAACUAUUAGUAUUUCUUUUUGCUGAGAUAGUCAAAUGUCAGAAUAUAAGCAUUACAUUGCCUCUUAAUAACACAACAACGUUGGGAAACAAAGAACUGUACAAUGGUUUUACUAAUCUUAAUUCCUCAUCGACAUUGCAAAUAGACUUCGAGAAUGUCAAUAAAAAUGUAUCUUUUAUCAUAUUUCAAGUGCACAGCCACUUAUAUAAUGUCACUUUAUAUAACAACACAUUAAUAAGAGGUUCCUAUGUGUCUGGCACUAAUGUAGGAUUAUAUAGCAGCAUAAAACCAAAAUUGGAUACAUUUUUUAUAUAUAACCCAAAUGCAGUUAAUUUGAAAUUGUACAUCUCGGUACAUGGAUAUGCAGCUACAGAUCCCAUACCGGGUGGAUGUAACAUGGAAUUUGCUGUACCAACAUCUCCAUAUAUGCAAAUUUCAUAUAAUAAAAAUUAUAUAUUAGUAGAUGCUGCCAUGGCUAAAGAUUUUUCUGACAAAACUUGUAAUACAAUAGAUAAAGUUGUUGUUUUAUUUUACAAAGUAUAUUUGCCAGAAAGAAAUUUUUAUGAGGAUUCAUAUUUUGAUGGUAUCAAAAGUUUGAUGACUUUAGAUAACAUUAAAGAUUUUGGAGAAUAUGUACCUGAUAAUGGUCUUGGUAUGCGUCGCAUGCUUAGUGCGUAUCCUGGCACAGGCGCAGUAUAUGUAGCUGUGGCUAUCAGUUCAAAAAAUACAAGUUCUUACUCAUUAUAUGUACCAACUUCAACGUACGCUUGCUCACCGUUGGAAGAAGAGGGAUGCGAAUUAUUAGAUGACUACUUUUCGCAAAUGCUAUGUGCCUCUCUAAUAUUUAUUGGAUUGUUUGUAUGCUUUUUUGGGCAUAGAUUUUUCAAGACUGAAAUGUUUUUAGUGGGAUUGAUAAGUGGAUUUAUUUUAACAUUUAUACUCAUUUCUCUUAUUGCUGAUUUGGAAACGCCUGCUCUAUUAGGCGCUUCCGUACUCUCCGGGAUAUGUUUCGGAGCGAUUUGGUUGUUGUUUUGGUGGUUCUACGGAAUUCCGCUCAUUGCUGUUCUUCUCUCUACUCUGAACGUUGGAUUCUUAUUUUCCGCCAUCAUAUAUUAUGGUUUACCAGGUGGUCUAAUAGCUCUACAGUUGGAUUUAAAUUUCUGGGCGCUAUUUAUACUUAUCGCUCUAAUGAUGUCGAUCAUGCUCGUGUCUAUGACAUUUCUAUCUAACAUACUGUGCUGUGCCAUACUUGGCGCGUACGCGACAAUAUACCCUAUGGACUAUUACUUAGGGUCUAAUUUGAAAUAUAUAAUGAUAAAUACAAUUCGAAGGGCAACGGUACCACAGUUCAAUAAGGCAGUGCUUUCGCCGCCUUUUGAAUGGAGGGAUGCUCUAAUAACCUUGUUGUGGAUAUCACUUGCGAUGUCAGGGUUUUUGUUUCAACACUUCCAUAAUAGGAGUCGACCCCCAUUCCCGCCACCACCACGAAGUGUUAGACAGGUCCCUAGUACUUACUACGGAACAGUGGAACCAAGACGACGACGAUAUGACACAAUGCCUCCUAUUUCGCCGACCAUGAUCGCACAAACCGAACGGGCGCCAUUAUUAGCA